AAGCCUAAGAAAAACGAAACUACCGAGCAAAUGCAAAUGCGCAUAGCAUAGAAGUCUUUCAUGGAAAACGAAUGUCUCAAAUCUCAACCCAUCACAUGAAACUUGUGGAAAAAAAAGAACAAAACAAGCAAAGCCAAAAGCCGAACUUCUUACUCACACUAUUGAUUCUAGUCCCCACUGUAGGAUAGAGAGUUUAUAAUGCAUGAAUGAAAACAAUUCAUAAUGUCCUCUUCUCUUAUUUUCCUUCUUCCAGGCUCAAAGGGCAUGAAUCUUUCCCCCCCUGCUUGAUUUUCCUCUGUUUUCUCGCAAUGUCUUUUCCAAAACGGUUGCCACCAGGAUGUAAAUGUCCGAGAAUAGCAAACAAAUAUUACCACUGUAAUCGAUUAUGUAAAGACAUACCUGUGCAACCGCGGCCUCCACCACAAGCGCCACCACCACCACCGCCACUACUUCCUAGUACUACUACUCAUGCUCACAUGCAUUAUCACAAAAGGGAGAUGAUUACUGGCAUGACACUCAUGGUAAGCACUAUAAGUUGUGCUCUUCUCUUCGGUAUUUUUUGUGCAAUUGUUAGAUUAUAUUUUAACAGGAGGAGUCAUUCAAGGAGAAGAACUUUACCCAUUUUUUUUAUUACUCGAGAUGAUUUUCUUGGUGAAGAUCGAGGACCACAUUUAGACAAUCCCAUAUGGUACGCUGUUGGUCUCCAACAGUCAGUUAUUGAUUCCAUCACAGUUUUUAAGUAUAAAAAAGAUGAAGGCAUGAUUGAAGGAACUGAAUGUUCUGUUUGCUUGAAUGAGUUCCAAGAAGAUGUAAGUCUUAGGCUUUUGCCUAAGUGUAGCCAUGCUUUUCACCUUCCUUGUAUUGAUACUUGGUUAAGGUCACAUAAAAAUUGUCCAUUGUGUCGUGCCCCUGUCGUUUGUGAAACCAUGGUUGCUCAAGCCAGUGCACCAGAACCUCAUUCGAUUGAUUCGGGUCCAAGGAACGGAAGCCUGGUUGAAAAUUCAGAUAACUGUGGUGAUCUUGGGAGGCAUAAUGUUGCAGAAGGUGGAACUAGUGAAUUGAGAACUUGUCCAAUUGAAGAUGGAAACACUUCCGAAAAUUCUAAGAAAAGGCCUUCUGAUUCUCAAAUCUUAAGCAAUUUAGAUGUGGUUCAAGACCAUGUUCAACCGCUGAGGAGGUCAGUUUCCUUGGAAAUUUGUAGCGAUGUAGCCGGUCUAGCAACUAAAUCGCAUAAAAAUCAUGGUAGUUUGGACAUUGAAUUACAGCAGCUAAAGUGCCCAAAGGGGAAGAUUGUUGCCAAGCGAAGCAGUACUGGAAGUUCAAGCAUAUGCAAGCUGAUGAAAAGCUCUUCAAUUGCUCGAUCUUUAUCCCAGGGGUCUAUUUCAAUGAAAAGUCUCUCUCAUCUGGUGGAAAAUUCUUAUUAUCCAAACAAACAGAAGCCAAGACUCAAUCCUUCCCUUGUGAAUUCAAGCUGAGUUAACAACACAACACAUAAUAAAAGUAAGACUCCAACAUCAGUGUAAGGGUAUAAAAUACAAGAAGAAUCCGGUCAUCUAUGUAGCCUUUUCAGCGUCCAAAUGCUUAAGGCUCUGAGUUGUAGGGUGCCUGGCCACCAUAAAUUUUCCUAAUUUUUGCUGUUACUGGCUGUUUACGUUCUCAGACCAUUAAAGAUGCUUCUGAUAUAUAUUAUUCAGCACAAAAUAAAAAGAUGCCUGUAAAAUUGUUGAAUUAAUUACUACAAUAUAAAUUCUUUUCUUUUUUAUACACACUAUAUAACAUAAUUAACUUGACCUAUUACAGUCAUUUAAAACACAUUGAAACCCUUUUUUCAUCAGAUUCCUUGGAACUUCAAAACUUUUAUGAAUGUUUU